CAAUCUUCUCUUCUUCCUCCCCAAGUUUUCUCUCUCUAUUCUCUUUAGUUUGCAAUUCACAGGAUUCAAUAUGGUAUCAGAGCGACUGUUUAUCAGCCAUUAAUUGAAUUCUGUUGAAGUUUGAUCUUCGUCUUCCGCAUUUUUCUGUUGAUUCUGUGAUUGAGGUAUGCAAUUUUGCGAUUGAUUUUUCUGAUUUUGAUCAAAUUUCUGCGGCUUAAUUAGUUCUUGAGAAUUUGAUCAUAUUUUUCCAGUUUUUCUGUUAUUUUUCUGGAAUUACUUCAUAUAUUGUUCAUCUCUCUGUUUCUUAAUUGCUUAAUCGUGCCUGAGAAUUCAAUCUUACUCAAGAUCCUGCUAGUCCUUGUUUCAUUCAUCCAUCUGAAAAUACUAGUCAAUCUCUGAUUUCAGAGAAAUUUGCUGGAGAAGGUUAUGGUGAGUGGAAACGUAGUAUGAUGAUUGCUCUAUCAGCCAAAAAUAAGCUAGGUUUCAUAGAUGGAAGUCUUCCUAAGCCUAGUUCUGCAGAUCCAACAUUUGCUGCUUGGAAGAGAUGUGAUGCCAUUAUCAUUUCUUAUAUUCUGAGGUCUCUUGAAACUUCAAUUGCACAAAGUGUUUUAUAUCUGACAACUUCCAGAGAAAUCUGGAAGGAUUUGGAGGAGAGGUAUUCUCAAACCUCAGGACCACAAUUGUUCACAUUGCAGCAGAAACUCUCAGAUCUAUCUCAAGGUCUUGAUACUACUAUUGCUGAUUUCUUUACUCAAAUCAAAGCUGUUUGGGAUCAGAUCAGUGAGAUGAAUCCUAUUCUUGUUUGUUCAUGUAGUAAUUGUACAUGUUCUCUAACUCAGAAGUUCUUGAAGCAACAGAAGGAGGAGAGACUUGUUCAACUCUUGAUGAAGUUGAAUCACAAAUUCUCUAAUACCAGAUCUAAUAUUCUGAUGAUGCAGCCCUUGCCACCUAUUUCUCUUGCUUAUAGACUUUUGAUUCAAGAAGAAAAACAGCAGGAAAUGAGCUUGUUAACUGAAGAAGCAAAUAAGGCAAUGACAUUUACUGCAGACUACAAGAAGCCUCAGUCAUUCUCAAGACCUCAGUAUCAAUCUGCAAGUAAUAACACUCAUAAGUUUGGAGUGCAUAACAGAAACCCAUUGUUCUGUGAUUACUGCAAAUUUCCUGGUCAUACAGUGGAUAAGUGCUUCAAAAUUCAUGGUUAUCCACCAAAUCAUCCUAACAAGUUCAAAGGCAAGAGAGUAGCAGCUGUUGUUCAAGGGUAUGAUGAAGUCCAGGGCUCUGAAUCUGAAGAUGUUCAGAUCACUCAUAUUUCUUAGGAGCAUUACAACAACUUCUUGAAAUAUAUGCAGUCUCAGGACUCUGAUGCAAGCUCUAGAGGUUCACUUGCUCAGCCUGAGUCAACUGCAGGAGCCUAUUUUGCAGGAUCAACACCAGAAGCAACAACAUUCAAAUUUCCAGUAGCAGUUGAGCAUUCAGUACUAUCAUGAGGUCCACUUCCAAAAAUACCGACAGAACCAACAUUUGCAGCCAUUUUUGAGGAAGAAAAAAUUGAUUUAC